UUAAGGCACACGGAGAACAUGAAUAAGAACAUUUCUAAUUUUACUUUUGGGUUGAACGUGAAUUAAUACUGAUUUCUUAUAGCUUAAGCUGCUGGGAGUUGCAAAAUUGUUAUGUAGAUAUGCAUCCAGAAGUGUCUACUUUUAUGGAUUUUCUUUAUUGAGUUCUUGCCUUUUAGCGCGCCAGUCUGUGGAAUCUGCUUGCCCCUUUAAUUUUCGGAAUGCCAUUUCACCAGAUGGCUCGUGAUUUUUGCUUAAUGUCUCUCUGGCCGAUUGACUUAACGGUUUUUAUCCUUCGUCCUUUGAAUGCUUAAUGCCAAAGGUUGAAGGACAAGGAACUAUAUCAUAUGAGUUAGUGUUUCCACAAAACCAUUGGCAUGGAUGAGGAUGUAUCCAUAUCCAAGCAUCCCAUGGUCAAUCAUUUGGACGUCAGGAACGCAUCAUUUUCUGUCAAAAGAUUUCCAAGAAGGUUGUUCUCACAGUUCAUUGGUUUGUAUCCAAUCUUGUUAUAUGCAUAUCCUAGUUUCAGCGCCCCAAUGAUGGACAUGCAAGAACCUGACAUAGUUCGGACACUGAAGCUUGACAGUGGAGUUAGGAUUCAAGAAGUUUUUGAGGGAGAUGGAGCAGAAGCACAUGAAGGAGACAUGGUGGAGUUCAAUUAUGUCUGCAGGCGUUCAAAUGGAUAUUUUGUUCACAGCACUGUUGAUCAAUUCAGUGGAGAAAGCACACCGGUAAUCCUGCCUUUGAAAGAAAAUCAGAUAAUAGAGGGCUUGAAGGAGGUGCUGGUUGGCAUGAGAGUUGGAGGAAAAAGAAGAGCACUUAUCCCUCCCUCUGUUGGUUACAUAAAUGAAAAUUUGAACCCGAUUCCUGAAGAGUCGACAACAUUAGCAGUUAAUAAAAUUAAGUACGUCUGGUUGCAGUUUGGUCCUCGACGUAGUCUGUUAUCACAUCGGAAUGAGCCCUUGAUAUUUGAGGUGCAACUUUUGAAAGUACUUUGAGUUUCAUUUUCUCUCUGUAUUGCUUUCGAAUUCUUUUCACCUCUGUCCAUUCUGUUGAAUUAAAUCAUUGUAUAUUUAAUAUUUGAUAGCAUCUAUUUAUCAGUCUUGUUAUGCUCCAACACAAACAAGAUUGGGUAAGAUGACUGUCUUUCUUCUUUUUUUGGACCCUUUGUCACAAGAUAAAUAUUCGAUCUUAGAAUUAUAGGAUAGAAAAUAAUAUUAUUGUUGUUGUAGAGUAGGCAUCAAACUAUCAACUUUUCUGGUGAUAAUAGAAUUGUACAUAAUGCCCGUAAA